CGAAGAAGCACAGAGCAUAAUCAUCCUCAGAGCAGGUAGGAGGUGAGAGAAGGAUGCCGUCCAGCCACUUUCCAUACACUGUGUUGAUACUCUUGCUUACUUCCUCUUCAUCCGCCAGGUGUCAAGUUGCAGAUUUCAUUCAAGAUAUAUUUUGCUGGAAUCAAGAUUUCCGACUGGACUGCAACUGGAAUAGUGUUCUUGCCUUCCAUGAAGCGUACUUCACGAACGACGAGGCACAACUCAACCGCAGCAUGUGCGCGGACAUUAAGGAUGGAAGGGAAUCCUGCACUGAGGAUUUAAGAACGUCCAUCAAUAAAAGGUGUUCCGGCAUGUCACACUGCCAUUAUAAUUUGACAGAGGAUCACCCAGACAGAGAAUGCAGAUGCAAAGGAGUGAUCGUUCUACGCUACUCGUGUGUUCCAGAGAAAAAGAUCGACAAAUUCUGCAAUAUCAAGAUAACAGGCACCAGCGGAUACAUAUCUUCUCCUGGAUAUCCCCGCUUUUAUCCAAAAGUCUCCAAUUGCACUUGGAACUUAGAAUCGUCCAUCAAACAGGAAAUGAAGAUUACAGUGUUGGAUAUGGAUCUGAGACCAGGAAUCCAGACCAGAGGCAAAGAAAUAUGUCCGGAUUCUCUAGUGAUUCUGGAGAACAAUCAUAAAGUGCUCUACACUUGUGGGCAAGCGGAUGACAAGACGAGAAUACCUGUUCUAACAACAGGUGGCCAUGUCCAGAUUACAUUUAAGAGCAACGAAUUUUUGCCAUCGAGGGGAUUUCUCUUAUAUUAUAAAUUUAAUGGAUGCCAAAAACUGCCACCACCGCGAUUAGGCUAUCUCGUAUACAGUAACAACCGUUCCGCUAUGUACAUGUGCUGCAAAGGACACGUCUUCAACGAUACGCUGUCCAAUUCUUUGCUCUUGCAGUGUGUGGACGGUACCUAUUGGAACGGCACAGUCACUCAAUGUUUAACUGUAAAGGAAGCUCUUCGCUACAGAAAUAAUAACACAGAUGACUUGGAUGGAAUACACGAGGCAGAUGUUGUAGAAGUAUAUCUUAGAAAAUAUAAAUACAUAGAAGAAAUCCUCAUCCCAGCCGCAUGCGUAGUGGGCUUAGUAUUUGGAAAUGUAGCAAUAAUUUUAUUAAUACAGAAAAUCAGAAAGAAAAGAAAAGCAAGUUCUUCUCACCAUAAUGGCAGAUCAACAUCAGUACCACCUUCUGUAAGUAGUACGCAAGUGCCUCAAACUCUACAUGUACCAACAACUAUUCCAACAGAACCUACCGUCCCAAAUGUCCAAAAACACACAAUAGUAACACCAACAGCACCAAAGCCACCUAUGCCUCCACCACUGCCAGUGGUCAGACAGGCUCCAAGGGUGCUGAUGACAGAUUUAUAAUCAUCUUCAGAACUGAUAUUUCAUUGAAUCUCAAGACUGAAAAUGUAAAGAAAUUGCAUUUCUUUUUAAUAUAGUUCCGAAUCUUUUUGGAACAGCAAA